AUGGCCGAUAUCCUAUCAUCGCUCUCCUUUGUCACGGACAAUCCCGCCGUGGCAGCUAUCAGGGAUGCAUACACGUCGUUUUCCGAUCGAAGGGCAUUGCUCAAUCUGCCCAACCCCGGCACGGUGGAUAACCUUGCACGAGAGGUGCAGAAGGAGGUUCUGCUGUCCAACUUUAUGUUCUCGGGUCUCCGUGCAGACCUGACCAAGGUGUUCGGCAUGUCUCCCCUGUUCCGAGUGUCGCACGCGUUCUCCAUGGGCUCGUCGGGAAAUAUGCCGCCGUACGCUUUCUCCGCCAUGUACGGAAGUCCCAAGGUGUUCAUGCAAGGCAACUUCGGAAGUGACGGUACGCUCGCUGGGGUCUACAACUACCGCUGGAACCAGGCUCUGGUCACCAAGACCAACGCCCAGAUUAUGGCUGGUGGCACCCAGGGUCUGCUCCAGCUCGACAACGACUACACUGGCUCGGAUUUCUCGGCAUCUCUCAAGGCAUUCAACCCGUCGUUCCUCGAGGGUGGUCUGACCGGCAUUUUCGUUGGAAGCUACCUGCAGUCCAUUACCCCCGCUCUGGCCCUUGGUUUUGAGGCGAUCUGGCAGCGACAGGGUCUCAACACUCGCCCGGAGACUGCUCUUUCCUACAGCGCCAAGUAUAAGGGAGAUGACUGGAUUGCUACGGCUCAGCUGCAGGCCCAGGGAACAUUUGCUGCUACUUACUGGCGGAAGCUCUCCGAGCGGGUUGAGGCCGGUGUUGACAUGAACCUGCAAUUCGCCCCCAGUGCGGCCGCUAUGAUGAUGGGUGGUCCCAGCCGCGAUGGCACCACCGCGAUUGGUGCCAAGUACGAUUUCCGGGCCUCCUCCCUUCGCGCCCAGGUCGACAGUGCCGGCAAAGUCAGCUGCUUGCUCGAGAAGCGGAUCGCCAUGCCUAUCUCGUUGACCUUUGCGGGAGAGAUUGACCAGGCCAAGCAAACGGCCAAAGUCGGUCUCGCCGUUUCCCUGGAGAUCGCUGGGGAAGAGUUGAUGGAGCAGCAGGAGAAGGCUGAUGUCACGAACAUGGUUCCUCCGCCAUUCUAA